CCUGAAAAUUGUGUAGACAUCAAAGCCACAAAGGUCAACCCCGAAAUAUGGAACCAACUUAAUCCUAAUAAAAGGAAAGUUGAUCUCCAGUUGUCUAAGAUGCAACAGGUAGUGCGUAAAGGUACUUUUGCAACUCUACAGACAACUAAUGUUUUGUUGCAAAAUGCCUCUGGUUUAACGAAUUCCAAUUUGAUCGCGCAGUCUGUUGAUGUUGUUGCUUUGUUGGGUCAUGUCAACACCCAGUUGGCUCAGUUCCGAAGAGAACAAAUCAAGCCUGCUUUAAAGCAGGAAUACUCUACCAUCUGUAGUGCUGAAGUACCUCUGACUAGCCAAUAUUUAUUCGGGGAUGAGCUUGCCAAACAGCUGCGGGAUGCUAGGGAAUCUAGCAAAAUUACCCACUCUGUGGGUCACUCUUCAUAGCGACGCCCCUAUACAGGGAACCACCGUUCUGGCCACCAGGAGCUUUAUAAUAAAGGGCCUAAAAGAGAUUUUUUAUGCAAAGGUCAGCACAGAUCCCACAGAAAGAAAAAGCCUCAGAUCAACGAAAAGAAAUAGUUGACCAACUGUCAGCAAUAAAAGAUACGGUAAGUGAUUUUCCUACAUUUCUGCCCCGCCUUUUAAGUUAUUUACAUGACUGUUGCCACAACUUUAAGGUGGGGCGAGUCGAUGCUCAUUUUGCAGCCUGGAAAGAUCUUACUAAUGAUCGUGUAAUUUUGUCUGAUGUUUUGGGAGCCAGUAUUGAAUUGUCUGCCAACCCUAUUCAACACAGGCUUCCUGGCCACGUUUUUAACGAUCACGAAUAUUCUGUUGUUCACCAGGAAAUACAAAAAUUGAUCCAAAAAGGUGUUAUCAUGAAAGUGAAAUACUCUCCGGGUCAGAUUGUAUCAGGAAUUUUCUUGCUUCCCAAGAAAGAUGGAACUUUUAGGCUCAUACUUAACCUCAAAAGUUUUAAUGAGUUUGUGACGCAUCAUCAUUUUCUGGUUAGUUUGAAAUGCCUGGACCUGAAUAGCGACGUGCAGUGUGUGUAUUUUUUGGCUGAUUAUGAUUUCCUGAUUUGUUUUGAUGCUAGAACUGUCAGCUAGAUUAGAGAAUACGCGGCAAUGCAUCUGCAGCGAUUGCAAGAAACUGGAAAACCAUUCGGCAAAUUUACAAACACAUUUUGGCGUCGAAGGAAUUCUUUCAAAACAUAUUUUUUGUUCAGAAGAAGGCUUCCAAUUCGAACUGCUCUUUCAUUGUUUAUCUUCACUAGUCUGCACCCAACCGUCACACAAACGUUAGAAUUAGGCCAAUCGUGAGACGCAUAAAAAACCCACCUAUCAGAAAAGCUCACAUAUAUCCUUGCGACUUUGCGCGAUCGAUAGUUCAUAACUUUGAUAAAAGUUCCCCGGCAUGGACCAAGCUUGAAAGAGUAUUAAUGGGUUUAUUUUGAGCUUUUCGUCUAGCUUCGAUCAGUUUAAGACUUAAUUUUACACGGAAAUUAAAAAAAAAAAAACGAAAAAGUCAUCCUCGAAAACUGUCAAUCACCACAGGGAAGGAAAAAUAUAUACCUCUUUUAAACUUGAAAUAUUUUAGCUUUUACCGAGGUGGUCCAGUGGAUAGAGGCGUUAACUUUUAGUUCUUACUGAUUCUGAGGGUCCGAAUCCCCUUGAAGCAAAUUUCUUGUAACCUUAUUAUUUUUUUCUUUUCAGUUAAAAUCUCUUUUUACCGUCUCUUUUUUACCUGUGUGGUGCAUAUAGCUAGUAACAUAAUGUGGUAGAUUAAAAGCAAAGUUUACAGGAAUAUAAAAAAGGUGGUCUGUAUCAUAGCGAAUCUACCGGUAUUUUUAGUAAAUAAAUACUGGACACUGUUAUCAUGCAUCACCCAGCUUAAUCGUCGAUUUAAUUUUCAAUUUUAGCAAAAAUCACGCACGUAGAAGGCAGAAAUAGAGAGAUACAGAUAAGUUCUAUAUUUAGAUAAGACCUUAAAGUCUGCAAAUAUUUUGUCAGAAGUCAUCGCGUGGUCUUGUUUGUAAGGUUUAAGAUAGCGCGGUGAAUAAAAUACUUAGUCUAGUCGAUUUGCUUUGGAAAUGAUUUUCUUCUCUCAAUCACCUGAAAUGAAAGCUUUAAAAUGUAUAAAACUCGAUGGACUUUUUUCUCUUUGCUCUACCUGAACAAUGAAUUGAGGCGUAGCUGAUUCCUUUUGGGUUUUGAAGCAGUGUGCAAAGUCCUGCUUGCAUGUUACCGGAUCGAUCCCCUCCGUUCAAGCAUUUCUGGUCAAAACAAAAGUCUGAACAUGACCUUUCAUCUGAAGAAAAAAUACCGAAAAAGAGCAAAUAUUAACAGAGAAUUAUUUCGACCGAAGUAAGAGCCGUAACGGUUAUAUAUCUGACUCUAUUUAUUUUUUUAAAUUCUGUUUUAUCAAACGGAGUAGCUGUUUUAUGAUAUUUUUGCGCUCUGAUUCCAGAGACACUAGAUUUCAAAGGCUUACGACAAUUCCUCUGUAAGCUUUGGGCAAGUUCGAU